UGUCGUGUCAUGAGGCUCGGGAGCCGGGCGGAAAGCCGGUGCUGAGGGGAGAGAGACUAGUUUCUAAUUAGUAAUGACUGCCUCAGAGAUGUAUUAGAGACGGUGGCAGAGAGAUGCAGCCAAAACUGUCCGGACUGACACGUAAGGGACACUGGCGAUACGGGAUAGAGAGAGACUGGACUAUCGCUAUCCGCCACAGACUGAGGAGAUACGCAUUGAAGUGAUCCAGCUAGUACCAGAGACCGUGAGGAUCCACUGUAGAGACACUGGUGAUUUAGUGUCAGAGACCGUGGGGAGGAUAUUGCUCGCGUUGACAUACCGGUUAAAGAGAUUGAAGACUUUGCCGAUACACGCUGACGACCUCGCACGUAGUUUACAUGUCAGAUUGUUUGGGGGAUACCUGUUAGACGUUAGGGGGGUGGGGGGCAUCCGAGACUUGACUUGACUGAAUGUUUUGGUUAGAGGGUAGACGUAGACAUGUUUCCCCAGUGAUGUCAGGUGGGGUCAGCCACACCCCUUUCCUACCCUGCUGAGAAUUGUUGUGUGGUCUGGGAAGAGGCUAGGGUUUUUCGGGGUGUCUGGAUGACGGCACAGGUGUGUUAACCACACCAGUGCGUUCCUCUCGCUCUAUUCUAUCUGCUCUCUCGGUCUCUCCUUCACUUAAAGCUCUCUCUCUCUCUCUUUCUCUCGAUCCCUCCCUAUGGAUAAGUUAAAUAGAGCAAUAGCAGAAGAGGCUCUGUAAAGUAAUUCCACCCCAAUAAGUCUUAAGAGGGCAGGUCUGCAGCUGCUACAGAAACCGAAGCAACAGCCGGUAGCCGCAGUAACUGAGUGGAUUACCAGAAGCAUCAUGUGGAGCCAGUCGGGAUACUGCAAUCACUUCCCUCACCCCGGACAUCCCUUCUACCACGCACCCUCCUGCAGCCAUAACCAGAGGACCACGACGUUCCGGCACCCCGUGACGGGACAGAUGUCUCAGGAGAACAUUGGUUUUAUCCUCCAAGAAAUGCCCGGCGGACGCAUGUCAAACCCCCAGCAAGCCGACUUGAGGCCCUCCAGCACCAUCAGCGAGGCUUCCACCGCCGUCACCACCUCCACCGUGGACACCACUUCGGGGUCAAAGGGAUCCAGGUCCAGUGGGAGGGUGCACAGUUUUGGGAAGCGAGAGCAGUCCAUCAAGAGGAACCCCAAUGUCCCCGUGGUGGUAAGAGGAUGGCUCUACAAACAGGACGGCUCUGGAAUGAGGCUUUGGAAGAGGAAGUGGUUUGUGCUGGCUGACUACUGUCUGUUCUACUAUAAAGACAGCAGGGAGGAGUCAGUCCUGGGUAGUAUUCCUCUGCCCAGCUAUGUCGUCUCAGCCGUGGAGCCUGAGGACCACAUCAGCCGCAAGUACGCCUUCAAGGCCAACCACACGGGCAUGCGCUCGUACAUUUACAACCGGAGCACUGUGAUUGACUCGCAGGCGGAGCACGGCGGCAUGCGGACGUACUUCUUCAGCGCCGACACGCAGGAGGACGUGAACGGCUGGGUGAAGGCCAUGAACCAGGCGGCGCUGAUGCAGAACCAAGCCGACAGCCUCAAGAGGCCGUCGGAAACAUCGGAGAAAUCGGAAAUGCCCAACACGUCGGAACGCAAGGGGGUCCCCCAAACCAACCACGUCAACAACUACACAAAGACCUCACGCGAACCCCGAGCCGACCUCCAUCUCCAUAGCGAUGGAGUGGUCCUCGAACCUGCCGAUAUCCGAGAAACCGAGGAGCGCCGUAGCUUCCGGAAUGACACACUCAAUCCCAUCACUUCCAAGAUUCCUUCCCUCGGCGGCGGAAGCGUGGAAAUUGAAAUGGACGCCGUCCCUCCUAACAGUCUCCCUCCGCUUCCCUCCCGAACUCCUGACUCCGCCUCCGCACCCACAUCCGCGCCCCCCUCCAGGGCGCCGUCGCGCGCCCCGUCGCGCGGCGCCUUCACCCUGCCCCCCGGGGCCUGUCUGAGGAACGGGACACCCACUCCAGAACCCAACGGGAUGGGGACGGGGACGUACCAGAGGUCCACGCUGACCCCCCAGGUGGUUGACACUGAAAGGCAGGUGCAGAGGAGGAGCGCCCUGGAGCAGGUGGAGCACUGGGUCAAGGUGCAGAAGGCCGAGCACAAAGGCCCCCCCUCAAGAGGGGGCACCCUCCCCCGUCACAGCCCCCCGACCGCCGCGCGCCAAGGGGAGUACAAAUACGCACAGGACCGCCUCAGCCACUUCCGACUCGGACCCUCAGACCUCCAGGGUACCGGCACCAGGGACGGGGAUGGCAUCGGUGGGCCUGGCACCGUGUGGCAGCUCUACGAGUGGCAGCAGCGCCACCAGUUCCGCCACGGCAGUCCCACUGCCCCCCUCUACACACCUGCCCCGGACUACCCCUUCGGGCCCAGGCCCCCCUUCACGGUGCCCCCCUCGGCCCCGCGACCCAGUUCUGAGGUUCCCCGCUGUGUGUCGGUGCCCCCAGACCCCUCCGAUAUCCUCCCACCUGGCCCCCAGAGCUCCAGGGCCCUGUCCCCGCCACGGAGGCCCCACACACCCGCUAACCGGGUGGUGGUAAUGCCCCAGGGGGGGAGACAUGCACUGGACGUGCCAGUGGCUGGGUCCCCACGAAGAGCCAAGUCUCAACUACUAAAGGCUGCCACCAUCGAGAGACGGUCCAUGCCUCCCUCCAACUACAUCACACACACGGUCAGCGCGCCCAGCCUUCACGGGAAGACGCCUGAGGAGCUCACCCUUCUGCUCAUUCAGCUCCGGAGGCAUCAGGCAAAGAUGGCCGCCGCUCGCCACCACACGCUAACCCAGCUGCAGCACUUCAACUACAGCCCUUCUGGCCCCCACUUCCUCACCACCAAAAACAACCCUCUCUUCUCCUCCGGCCCUUCUUAUCUGGGGCCCUUCCUAGGCCCCAUGGGCCACGGCAGCAGCAGCCAGGUGGGGGCCCCCAGUGCGCCUGGUCUUCUUUACCCCACCAAUGUUGACGAUACGUACAUGCAACUGAAGAAAGACCUGGAGUAUCUAGACUUGAAGAUCAAAAGUUUAGAGCCGUUCAUCCUCACGGCUCACAGUGUGCUACUGCACUGCACCGCCGGGCCACUAUGGAACGUGGUUGGAAGUCAGACGUUGAAAGAAGCAACGAGACCCGUCAGAGUAGCCGAGAGUGACGUGGAUGUGAAACUCAGUCGGUUAUGUGAGCAGGACAAGACCCUGAAGGAACUGGAGGUCCGGAUCUGCUCACUAAAGGAGGAUAAGGACAAGCUGGAGUCGGUGCUGGACGUGUCCCACCAACAGAUGGAGCUGUACAGAGACCAGGCAGCCCACCUGGAGAAGAUAGCCUACCAGCAGAGACUCCUACAGGAGGACGUGGUGCACAUCAGGGCCGAGAUCUCCAGCGCGUCCACGGAGAUGGCCCGGGCCUGGGAGGACUACAGCAGGCUGGAGAGCUCUGUGGAGCAGUUGAGGGCCGUGCUAGAGGCACACAUGAACCACAGCGCCACCCCUCAGCAGGAGAAAACAGAGAUAAAGCGGGAGCUGUGGAGGAUAGAGGACGUGAUGGCAGGACUGAGCUCCAGCAAAGCCAACUACAAGAUCACAAUCGACUCAGUGCAGAACCCAGAGAGGAAACUAGUGGCUUCAGUGCCGGACCCUGCAGUGCCUUCGCAGAGCGCGACGCCCCCUGUAGGGGAGGUUAGGCCCCCUCCUCGCAGCUCCUACACGCUGCCUCACAACCCCGUGCCAAAAUGGGCAGAAGAUGAGGCUCCUCCCAGACCACCCCUGCCCUGCCUCUACGAUUAUGAAGACCCGCCCCCCGCCAUCCCACCCCUCCCCAAAGAGGCGACGGUGGUAGUACGACACACGUCGGUUCGCGGGCUCAAACGCCAGUCGGACGAGAGGAAGAGGGACCGAGAGAGCGGAGGGUGUGUCAACGGAGACUUUAAAGUGGAGCUGCGGUCAUACCUGAGUGAACCAGAACUGCCAGGGACGGGCCAGAGCAGCACAGGGUCUGAGGGGGACUACCAGACCCUCCCAAACAAAGGUCUGUCGGGCUCAUCGCCGAGGCUGAACCAGUCCAGUAACAUCUCCUCCUACGUGACCCUGAGGAGGGGAGCGGCCGCCUCUGCAGAGAGGGAGAGACCUAAGAGUGCUUUGGAGCAGCUGUACUCCUCUGGCCAGCAGCCCCAGCCUCUGGCCCAGGCCCCCCGGGGCCGCAUGAGCGCAGAGGAGCAGCUGGAGCGCAUGAAGAGGCACCAGAGGGCCCUGGUGCGCGAGCGCAAGAGGAACCUCAGCCAGGGAGAACGCCACUCCAACACUGCUCAUCGUACCUCCUCCUCCACCAGGGCUCUCUCCUCCACUGACCUGGGCUCAUGGAGGCGAGAGCAGCAGGACUUUGAUUUGCAGCUGGUGCAGAAAGCUCAGGUGGAAGAGCGACAGGUUGCCGAGGGCCAGAGCGACGAGGGGCGGAGCGAGCUGAAGGAAAGGGAGAGGAUCCAAUCAGACGAAUGGCUCUCGGUGAUGGCCAUGCCCACGAUUGCCACACCCAUGAGGGAGACGGACAUGGAGCCCCUCGACUAUGACCUGGAUCUCAGUCGUGAGCUUUCCAAGCCCCAAAAGGUGUCUAUCCCAGAGCGCUAUGUGGAGUCGGACCCCGAGGAGCCUCUGAGUCAGGAGGAGAUGGAGGAUCGUCAACGCAGAGCAGAACGCAUCAAAAACAUCCUGGCCAAAUCCAAUUUUCACAACAUACACCCGUCGUCUGUCCCACUGAACUUCACUGAUUUGGACAUCGCCAUGCAGCAGCAGGAGAGGAUCAUGACUGUGUCCCACGCCUUGGCCUCGGAAGCCUCCGUUAAGAGCAAGCAGUUCACAGCCAAAGCUCAGCUGAGCUCUGACUGACCGUUGACUCAGAUGCCAAGGCACCAACAGGACCUCCGUGUGGAUGAAAAUUGUUUGUGAAGUUCACUGACAGAAGUGAUUUUGUAUUAGGCUUUUUAUUAGAGCUAAAACGAGAUGUUUUGAAGAACCAAAAAUAGUUAUUUGAAACUACACUGCGUGUACCUAAUGUUAAGGUUGAAUUGGAGUUGUUUUUACAUGCUUUUGCACUUUUAUGGCGUGUUGUGUGGAAUUAUUGACACCUACUAGUUUUUGCAAUAGAGAGUAAUUAGCUGUUUUUUUUUGCAGUGUGGUCUAUAUUUUAAACAGAAAUUUAAGUUCAAUGUUUUCUAAGGUCGCAGAAAAGGAAAUGUAUUUAUUUUGUGUAAUGAAAGAAUCUUGCACCAAAUAUAACUUUUUGUAGCUCAGCAAUGCCACCUAAUGCUUUGGCCAAUCAACUGUAUCAUUUAAAAAGGACAGAAACCAUACUGGUGUUUUAUUGAAAUAAAGGUUUUAACAAAA